AUGUGGGCCCCUUGGCUGACCAAGACUGUGGGAUGGACCAUCUGCAAGUGCAUGGGAGAGCAGAGCGCAGCAAUCAAGCUCUUGGUGAAGGUGCUGACCAAGUACAAGCAACUGUGCAACACACUGUGCCACAAGCUCUGCCAUGCCACUGCCUGGCUGCUUGACAACACAUUCAACCCUCCACACAGCCUGCUGUUCUUCAAGUGGUACCACAGCAGCGCCACACACCACUGCUCUGAUCACUUGCCCCCCUUGUGUGUGUGCUCAUCCUAG